AUGCCAGCUUAUGCCAAAUUCUUGAAGGAGAUCCUUACAAAGAAGAUGAAGAUAGAAGAGACCUCAAUGGUCAAGAUCACAGAGCAUUGCAGUGCUAUCUUGCAAAACAAACUCCCACAAAAGUGUGGAGAUCCAGGGAGUUUUGCUACACCUUGCUCUUUAGGCUCCAUUAAUUUUGAUAAAUCUUUAUGUGAUUCUGGUGCCUCAAUUAAUCUAAUGCCUUUGUCUUAUUAUAGGAACACGAAGAAUAAAUAUGGAAAGAUAAGGUCUGCACCAAUAUCUUUACAGCUGGUAGACCAAACAACUAUAAUACCCGAGGGGAUAGUGGAAGAUGUCUUAGUUCGGGUGAAGAAAUUGAAAGAGAAGGCUGCACUGACUGAGAAAGAUAAGUGUGGGGUGUACCCCAAGAAGGCUGAGAAGAAGCUGUCUAUUAAGGUGCAAAGAGAUGAGUUCAACAUCAUUAUUGGAUAG